AUGUAUCCCUAGAGCUGGACAGGCCACUGUUUGUGGGAGCUGCCGAGUAUCGGCUGAAUGCAUUUUUUGGCUGCCUGCGUGGUCUCCGAAUGAAUGGAGAAAUCUUGAACCUGGAGCGGGAAGCUAACAUUACAGAGGGAGUGAAUGCAGGCUGUGUGGGAGAGUGCAACAGUACUGGGGUGCUGUGUCAGAACGGAGGCAAAUGCAUUGAGCGAUAUAGCACAUACAGCUGUGACUGUAAUUCCAGCGCCUUUGAUGGGAUGUACUGCCAUAAAGUUAUUGGUGGGUAUUUUGAACCAGGAACCUAUGUUCGUUACGGUUUCCAAACACCGUUCACAGCAGCAGCAGGAGCAUUUGCAAAUAUGAUGGUUCCACUCAGUCACAGUUUUAACUCAACCAGUGAGGAAAUUAUCUUCAGUUUCAAGACAUCACAGACACCAAGUGUCCUCAUGUACAUUAGCUCCUUCUCCAGAGAUUAUCUUGCUGUGAUCAUCAAACAUGAUGGGAGCUUGGUGCUUCGGUACCAGCUCGGCUCCUUCCCCAACCCAUACACCAGGAUCCUGGUCAAGGACAAUGUGGCUGACGACAAAGCUCAUUGGGUCAACAUCACCCGGCGAGACCGGGACAUCUACACACAGGUGGAUGACCGUCCGAUUGUCCGCGACAAGAUUUCUCUCUGGGGCGAUAAGAAUUUUGAUUCGCCGAGGUCCCUCUUCCUGGGUCGAGUGAUGGAGAUAGGUGUUCUGGACCCUGAGAUCCAGCGGUUUAACAGUCCAGGUUUCACUGGGUGCUUGGCUGGAGUCAACUUCAAUGGAAUUGCCCCAUUAAAGGCAGCCCUGAGAACAAACACCAAUCAGACUGUGGAGGUUUUGGGGGAGUUGGUGGAAUCAAACUGUGGGGCUGUCCCCAUAAUUCUAUCGUCAGUCCUUCUGGAUGAAGAUCCUUGGGCUCCGCAGCCAGGCACUCCACUAUUUGGAUACGAUUACCUGACUGGAGCUAUCAUUGGAGUCAUUGUAGCAGUCAUCCUCUUCGUUAUCCUCGCGCUAUUGGUCUUGCUGUUCCUCUACUAUUACCGACACAAGGGCAGCUACCUCACGAAUGAGGCCAAACCCCUGGAACCUUCCAAUGGGGCCAAACCUGUCUCUCUGAAGAAAGACCAAAACCUUCCGCAGAUACUGGAAGAGACUAAAACUGAAUAAUUGGAGCUGAGUUUGCAUUGUGUCAAGAGUGGGAUAUAAGAGAAUCUCUGACUGAGAUGCAGUCCCUUAUUAAAUAGGCUCUGUCUGGAUGAUUAAACAUUCCUUAUUUAUAGAGAAACGGGGAAAAGAAUUUACAAAACCACAUCACAGGUUUUAGUAACACGCUUGCUUGUGUCUGCUCCUGAAGAAAACUUUCUAAUUGGCAAUUUUUUAAAGGAUCAUGUGGAGUCUAAUGCUGCUAAUUAAGACUUAAACUGAGUAGAACCCGUAUCUAUAUAUGAAUUGCUGCUGCUGCUAGUUACAGUGAGGAACAUUCUCCUAGUUCAAACUAUAAUCAAUGCACCUGCUAUAUUCGCUGCUACUCUCGUGCAUGAAAGAUAUCUACAAUAUGCAGUUCACGUUGACAUCAACAAUCACUUGAAAUUUUUUUCUCUUUUUACUCUUUCUGUUGUCAAGUUUGAAUCAACGUUGUAUAAAAUUGUUAUUGUAGUAUUUUAUAAAUAGCAGUAGCAUUCUGAGAAUAUGAAUGUCAUGUGGAGAUUGAACCAAAAUCUUCGGAAGGUGGGGAAGAUGGUGAGACGUCAGCCUGGCCUUUGUGUGAACCAAAUCCAUAGGUCCUGCCAUGAGGACUAGGGACCGGUCCAGUGUUGGACCACAGCAUGAACAUCAGCCAGGGAGCUUGCAGCAUCACUGCCAUGACCCAGUGACAUUGGGAGCAGACAGCACUGAGAUGAGCUUUUACAUCUAUUAAAGGAUUCUGGAUUGGAAUAUUUUAGGGCUGUAGAAGUUGAGAAUAGAAUCAGUGGGUAGAAUCUUGGUGAGGUGUCAGGAUCUGACUUGACAGGAGGAAAGCCAGUGCAAGAUCUCUGCUACCAAAGGCCCACUGACCACUGAGCCAAUCAGACUGUGGCCAGGUCACUGUGUUGGAUCAUGACCCUAGGGUGGAAAGCUUCAGUCAAUGAGAGCUUCUUUGCAGCAUCACUCAGGUGUUGUGGCUGCUACAUAGAAUCAUGAAAUCCUUACAGUGUGGAAGGCAGGCCAUUCAGCCCAUUAGAUCCACAAAACUCUCUAGGGGGGGCAUCCCACUCGGGGCAUCCCACUCAGACCCACCACUCCCACCCCCAUCCUAACUCUGCAAGGCUGCAUUUUCCAUGUUCGGUCUACCUAACCUGCUCAUUUUUGGACUUGGGGAAGCAAUCAGAGCCACCAGAGGAAACCCACACAGACACAGGGAGAAUGUGCAAACUCCACACAGUUGCCCAAAGGUUGAAUCGACCCUG